AAGCCUUUACAGAGCUUCAAAAGCGACAUCUCAACUAUUGCUGUAAACGACGAGGAAGCAACGCCAACAUCGUUAGCCAUCAGUCUCGACUUACCAGAGGAUCUCAACGACUCUUCUUCAACGACCCUCUCGCAAGAUCAUCAACAACAACCGUUACAAGUUACCCCUCCACUUCCAAACAUACCACCGCCACCGACGGAACACAGACGUGUAAAUGGAGGAUUCCGUGCAACCUUCUCCCUCUGCUCAGUGACAUGCCAAAGCGAUAGUAUUCAUCACUAUUUGUAUGUAUAUUCAUUGUUUCUUAUUUGUUGCAAUUCAUAG